AUGAUGAACUCCAAGACCCUCGUCGCCGCACUGGCCUACCUCAGUGUCUCUGGCGUCUACGCUGGUCCUUGCAAGCCUGUUACUGCAUCUGCAGCCAUCUCUACCCAAGUCACCUCCGCCACAACAGAAGAGACCAGUGUUAUUGAUGUCUCAACCACCAUCACCGCAGCCGAUACCACCACUGGAAUCAGCGCUUCUACAACGGAUCUCAGCUCAGAGGAUUCUACGAUCGAGCUUACUACGACCACUACAGCUGCUGUAACUUCAGACGUUGCAACUACUACCACCGAAGCUGCCUCUACCACCACUGAGGCUGCAUCCAUUUGCCAGACACCCAUCGCCUGCAACAACCUUGGCUUCGACUGGGCGUACUAUUCCAACCCUGCUCAAAACACCGACACGACCUACUCCAGCUUCCACCCAUCAUCCUUCAAACGCGUCAACCCUUCUUUCGUCGGCACUACUCGCCAGAUCGGAGGUCUCUACAACAGUCCCGGUACCGAUCCUGUAGGCCCUAUCUAUGGCUCCUCAGACCUUGCCCUCGACUACUUCGCGCUGAACCACCACGCCUACAUAUAUGCUUGCGAAGCCGGUACAUACAAGUUCGAUAUCCCCUACGCCAACGACGGCGUGUAUCUCUGGGUCGGAGCGAAGGCGUACGCUGGUUGGACUGAUGGGAACGCCGAUGCCAAAGCGCUCUACAACCAGCCCGAUCACAUCGCCGGAAGUGCUAGCUUCACGAUAGACAUCCCUGCGGAUGUGUAUAUCCCUGUUCGAAUCGUUUAUGGUCAGGCGCAGUAUGGUGGAGGCUUCACAUUCACUAUUACUUCACCCAGCGGAAAGAUUCUUCUCGACAGCGGUGCUGCCUCGAGCCCUUUUAUCGUAAGGAACUCUUGUGAUGGUGUCUCGGCACCCCAAUAUCCCCAAUUUGGUCAAGAGAUUUAG